CAUUCAUUGGAUCUAUCACAGAAUUGACGAGAUGACGGACCACGGACACGACUGGCUGCAGGGUAACCUUCUCCCGUGGUCUCAUCGACCGACGGUCAACAAGAUUGAUACGCACCAUCACUUCGUGCCAUCCUUCUACCGCAAGGCCGUCGAAGAUGCAGGAGGCGACCCCAGCGGCUGGCCCACUCCCCACUGGAGUCCCCUCCGCUCCGAACUCCUCAUGAAACGCCUGGGCAUCCAAACCGCCAUCCUCUCCGCCACUGCCCCAGGUGCCUGCAUUCUCCACGGCCAAGCCUCCUACACCCUCGCCCGUCAACUCAACGAACAUGCCGCCGAACUCCGCGACACGAACCCCGAUAAAUUCGGCUUCUUCGCCGCUCUGCCCGACAUCCUCGAUACCGACGCCGCCCUCGCCGAAAUCCACUACGCCAUGGACACCCUCCACGCCGACGGCGUCACCCUCUUCACCCGCUACGGAUCGGACCACACUUACCUCGGCCACCCCCUCAUCGAACCCAUCUGGGCGGAACUGCAUCGCCGGAAAUGCGUGGUCUUCAUCCAUCCCACCCACCCCGUCGACACCACCAAAGUCAAUGACAAAAUGCCCCAGCCGGUGAUCGAUUACCCGCAUGAGACAAGUCGCACGGCCAUGGACAUGAUCCUCAUGGGCACGCGGUCCAAAUAUCCCGACUGCAAGGUCAUCCUGUCCCACGCGGGCGGGGCCGUGCCGUAUCUGAUAAGUCGAUUAGCGACGCCGCUGCGGAAAGCGCCGAGCUUUGCGUCCGAGUGGGUCAUGGGGACGUCGCAUGAGAAGGUCAUGGAGGAUUUUCGAAGCUUUCACUAUGAUCUGGCACUGUCGUCGUCGCCGCAGGUUCUGGAUAUGUUGUUGAAAUUGGUCCCGGAGGAUCAUAUUCUUUAUGGGAGCGACUUCCCCUACGCACCUAUCCCAGCAUACCCUGCCUUCCUCGAAGAUCUAGAGGGGUAUGAAAUGCCGGCCGAGUUGCGCGAUAAGAUCAAUUUCGGGAAUGCGUGCAAGUUAAUUCCACGACUUGCCAGGAAUCAGGGAUAAGUGACAGACAAUGGAGCCUAUGCUGUAUUUAGUUAGGAAAACACGUC